UCUCAGCCAGCGGCGCCGGAUGACGACUUCUCCUCUCUGAGGCAGGUCUGAUCUGAAUGUGAGGAGAAAAGAAAACCUGCAGGAUGUUUUCUCUUCUUCUGGUUGAAAGCGUUUCUGUUGGGAUGUGUCCCCUGUGAGCGACGCCAUGCUGAACCAGCUGAGGGCCCGAAGCAGGAGUCUGUUCUCCAGCUACAAGCCUGGCAGCCAGAUUCAGGUCCAAGAACCGGAGGAUCAGCUGGAUCUGAUCUGCACCUUCAUCAAGCCAUGGAACUCCAUGCAGGACCUGAGCAGAGACAUCUACGACCUUUACGCCGAGUACGAGCGGGAGGAGGUGGAGGAUCGGCUGCCGGUGUCGCCGUCUCGUGUUCUGGUGUCUCCGACCAAACAUCUGACCCUCAACAUCAACGUUGGAGGAACGGUCUACCUGCUGCCCUACAGAUUAGCCGUGCGGUACCCAAAGACCCGGAUCGGCCGUUUGGCCACCUACACGGACCACAGCAAGAAGCUCGACCUUUGUGACGAUUACGUCGUCCAGAGCAACGAGUUCUUCUUCGACCGGGACCCAAAAGUUUUCCACAAUAUCUUCAACUUCUACAGAACCGGAGUGCUGAGCAUUCAGGAGGAGCUGUGUCCGCACAACUUCCUGGAGGAGAUCCACUACUGGGGGGUGAGGAUCAAAUACACCCAUCGCUGCUGCCGCAUCUCGUUCGAAGAGAGGCAGGACGAGCUGAACGAGCAGCUGAAGGUCCAGAGGGAGCUGUUAGCUGAGCUGGAGUUGGAGGAGAACGACUCCAUGUUUGAUCACAUGACCUUGGGGUCGACCCGCAGGAAGAUCUGGAAUCUGAUGGAGAAGCCGUUCUCCUCGAUCACCGCCAAGCUGAUGGGCGUGGCCUCCUCCUUCUUCGUGCUGGUGUCGCUGGUUGCCAUGACGCUGAACACGGUGGAGGAGAUGCAGUUUAAGCUGCCGUCGGGCCAGCCCAGUGGCAGAUUCUACGGCGAGGGCGUGGAGACGUCCUGCAUCGCCUUCUUCACCCUGGAGUAUCUGCUGCGCCUGGCCUCCACGCCUGACCUCCGGUGCUUCGUGCAAAGCGUGCUGAACACCGUGGACCUGAUCGCCAUCCUGCCGCAUUACCUGCAGAUGCUGCUGGAGUGCUUCGAGGACCGGGACGUCCACCACCACUCUGGGGACAUCGAGACUGUGGCGCGUGUCGGGAAGGUGGGCCAGGUUCUGAGGAUCAUGCGUCUGAUGAGGAUCUUCAGGAUCUUGAAGCUGGCUCGUCAUUCCACCGGGCUGAGAGCCUUCGGCUUCACUCUGAGGCAGUGCUACCAACAGGUGGGCUGUCUGCUGCUCUUUAUCACCAUGGGGAUCUUCAUGUUCUCCGCCAUGGUUCACAGCGUGGAGCACGACGUCUACAACACCAACUUCACCUCCGUACCACACGCCUGGUGGUGGGCCGCCGUGAGCAUCUCCACCGUGGGCUACGGCGACAUGGUGCCAGAGACCAACCUCGGCCGCCUCUUCGCCUUCGGCUGCAUUUCCUUCGGCAUCAUCCUCAACGGCAUGCCCAUCUCCGUCCUCUACAACAAGUUCUCCGACUACUACGCCAAGCUCAAGUCCCACGAGUACGCCAUGGUCACCAGGGCGCGGGGGAAGGUCCGCUUCAUCAAGAGGGCCGCCAAGAGGAUCGCAGAGUGCUGCGAUGAGGUCGUUCAGCAGAAGCCAGCUGGGGGAGGACAUGGGGGGCAGAACCACGGGGUACCUGGGUGUUAAACGGUCCGUUCAGGGUCACAGUGCCUUGGUCUGCUGGACAGGUCCGUCACUGGGACCACAACAACGCACUCAUUCAAAGUUAGAGCAACGCUGUUAAUUCAAGCCACCAGGGGGCGUUAGACAUGUAGCUUCCAGGUUUAGCACCCCUGAAGGCCUCUGACAGCGCCUCACUGUCUCUAAAUGACGCAGCCCCAAUCCUAAACGG